GUAGAACCGUACAAUUAAAUAGGUUGCAGCGGGGAAUACGACAAAUUCUUGUGUAUAUUAACGUGCAACCAAACAGGGCAGAUACUUAAUUUUGUAGAUUCUUGUAUAUCUAGUGUGGGUCACCUUCGGCAUUUGGCCCUAUGGUGCAGCGUCUGUGCUGUGAAGCAACUAGAACUAGGAGUGUGAGCACUUUCAUUCCCUCUCUGCUAUGACAUAACCUAUAUAACAUAACCUCUUAUGUAUUGAUUACAAAACAUUGUUUAUUUAUGAUAUAUACAUAUUUAAGAUACAGAAGUUUGAUAUUAUAAACAAAAUUGUUACUGUUAUAAAUAAAUUUUUGAUCUUUUUAACGAGAUAAAAUGUCUACUCGUUGGUAUCCCUUGUACCAGCAAGGUAAUCCACAACUUAGAAUAUUUCUUCCAAACUUUUGGUUGAAGCUUGUAAAACCAGAACAUAACCAACCAAAAAAUGUAGUAGAGUUUCACUGUUCUAUGGAGAUGACAAGAUUGGAUGUGAAGAAUUAUUUAGAAAAAAUUUAUAACAUACAUCCUGUCCAUGUGCGUACUAGGAUUGCUCUUGGAAGAACUUAUUCACCUACAGGUAUUAAAUUUGUUGUUAAAGAGGAUGACGUGAAAAUAGCUUAUGUUACUCUACCUAAGACCGAAACAUUUACAUUUCCGGAUAUAGUUCCCAAAGAAACAGAAGAUAAAACUGACAAAGCCAUGCUCCAAGUAAAACAGAACUUUAAGAACUUUGCAGAAAAGAACAAAACACCUGGUUUUCCCAGUUGGUUCAUAACGUAAAAUAUCAAAAACAUGAUUCAAUAUUCGCUCAACAUAAAACCAUAAGAUUUACAUUGGGGACAUUGUGGAAUGUCAAACAAAAAAACUACCUGUAAGAAAGGAUUAAAUAAUUAGGAGAAAUUAACUAAUAAUUACAAAGGGUAAAAUGAAAAUUUAGAUAGAAAGAGUAGGUGCAAAUGAUUUCUUUUGCUUUGUACUUUGUUUAAAAGUAUGAUAUA